AUGGAAGUUGACCGCAUCGCUAGCGAUACGGAAAACGUGGCGGUGGACGAAAACGAUAAGGCGAUCGCCGACGGAGGCGCCGGGGACGCCGGCAGCUCUCAUUCUGGUCGUAUCAAGCGCAAAAACAAGAAAUAUGGGCGUAGUAACAGCAAAGAUGGAGUUAGCGCGGUGACUCCGCUACCGAAGUACCGGAGCUGGAAGAACAGCCGCAGGCCUCGAAAUGGCCACGGCAGGGGCCUGCCCAAGAAAGGCGGCGCCGGUGGCAAGGGCGUGUGGGGCGCGCCCGGCUGCGAGCUCCUCGAGGAGUACGAGGAGGACGCCAACGACCCCAACUACGACUCGGAGGCUGUGACCAACGGCGACAUCGAGUUCAAGCAGGUGAUAGUCGAAGCGGACCCCGAGGAGGUUGUGAGGAAGUCGGAGCCGGUCAUCUUGGAGUACUUCGAGCACGGCGACACCAACGCCGCCGCCGAGGACCUCCUGGAGUUCGUCACGGCCAAGAGGAGCCACCUGGUCUGCGAGACGAUCGUCGAGAUAGCCCUCGACCACAAGCCCUCCCACUGCGAGAUGGCCUCCGUGCUGAUCUCCGACCUCUACGGCAGGAUAUUCUCCGCGAAGGACAUCGGGCUAGCGUUCGAGCGUCUGCUGGAGAAGCUGCCCGACCUGGUGCUGGACACGCCCGACGCGGUGGUGCUGCUCUCCAAUUUCAUCGCGCGCUGCGUAGCCGACGACUGCCUGCCGCCGCGCUUCGUGCAGGUGCACGCGAGCGACGACCUCAACCCGCACGCCAAGCAGGCCAUACACAGGGCGGAGACCCUCCUAUCCAUGAAGCAGGGUCUAGUUAGGCUGGACAACAUCUGGGGUGUUGGAGGCGGCAUCAGGCCUGUGAAAUGGCUGAUCAGGCAGAUCCAACUGCUGCUCAAGGAGUACCUGACCUCCGGGGACCUAGGCGAAGCGAUGCGCUGCGUACGAGAACUGGAGGUGCCCCACUUCCACCACGAGCUGGUCUAUGAGACCGUCCUCCUGGCGGUGGAGUCGAUCAACUCCAGCGUGGAAGAGCAACUGUGCACAUUCCUGGCGGAGCUUCGCCGAUGCGUCAUCGUCACCCCGGACCAGAUGGACAGGGGCUUCGAGCGCGUGCUGGAGGACAUGUCGGACAUAGUCCUGGACGUGCCGCUGGCUUACAUCAUGCUGGACCGCUUCGUGGAGCGCUGCCAGCGGCGGCUGCGCCUCGGAGACCACGUGCUGCAGCGCAUGCCUACCAGGGGCCGCAAGCGCUUCGUGUCGGAGAGCGACUGUGGCGCCAUCAAGGACCACGUGCUCAAGCUGCGCGAA